CGAAUAACUGCGUAACAGAUUCUCCAUUAGAACAGAAAAAACAAGUAACAAAAACAACAUAAAAAAAAGUAUGAAGUAAAUAUGAAUAGAAUGUGUUUCUAUUCAACCGUUCAUUCCAUUGAGAAGCCUUUUAAACAUCCGCGGACUGGGUGGCUGAUGUUCCACAAGACUGAUCACAGCACAACACCACGUAAAGCAACACGGAAUUUAUUUGUUGAAGAAUAGUCUCUAUUCAACCGUUCUUUCCGUCUGAUUUUAAAUUCCAUGACUGAUUUCCAUUUGAAUGAUCAGAGCACAACAGCACGAACAGCAACACGGAAAAUAGCUAUAAAGGAGGUACGGGGGUUUCUUUUGGCUCGAGGUCUCUCUCUUCGAAGGUCUGUCAUGACAGACGAACUUAGACCACGAUCGUUCCGGCAUUCUACACUAGAAUCCAAACGAGGCCGAGUUCGAACGAUCAAUCGAUCAGAUCUAGAGCGGGUGAAACUAGAGGACCGUACAUCGAAUGAAAGAGCUCUCUUCGAUUACGUACUCACAGGGAGAGUAAAAGACCUAAAGGGAUUACUAACUGAUAAUCCAAAGCUUGAUCUUUCGUCGGCGGAUAGGAAUUUUACUCGUCUGUUAUUAAGAACGGCCAUCGAGGCGAAUAAUGCAGACGUAUUUGAGGUUUUGGUCACUAACGGAGCUAAGAUUCGCAGCUCAUUGUUCACGGCGGUAGGUAGGGGCUCUAAGGAGUGUGCGGAAGUUAUUCUGGCGUACUACAGGCCAGAGUGUGGAGACACGGGGCCAGAAGAUUUCAAGAAAGGAAGGUUUGUCACCCCACUGAUCAUGGCGGCACAGUACGAGGAGUUCGACAUGAUUGAGUUCUUCGUAUCGAGAGGAUACAAGGUGUCAGUCCCAGGAUGCACCGAGAGGGAUGAACUUGACAUGGUCUUUGUGAAUAAGCAGGAGCAGGGUAACUCUUUAAGAAUGCAAAGUCCAGCGGAUGACAUAGCUCUUUCGUCAAUAGUUGAACAGCCUCAACACACCAGGCGCGAACGAAUGGCCUUACUAAAGAUCAACUCGUAUAAAGCUUUGGCGAACCCGCUGUACAUCAGCUAUACGUAUAUAUACGACCGGCUCCAAAUUCAUCCGCUCUUCCAAGUGUUCAAGUUGAACGAGGAACUGCUAUUACAGGCAAAGAAAGACCCAGAAUUUAAGAGUGAGUAUCGUGAGUUAUCCGAGUCCUGUGAACAGUUCGCGGUGGAUCUGCUAGAUCAGUGCCGUACCCUGAACGAGCUGGACGUCAUGACAGAUGUGAUCAAGGAGAUCGAUGAGAGGUACAAGAAGUCAGCCCGCAAGUAUAUCCAAGUUCUGACUAAGGAUGCGGAGGAACUAGCCGUGCUUAAACUCGCUAUUAGGAAUAAUAAUGACAAGUUUGUGGCCCAUCCAUACAGCCAACUACAUCUAAACACCGUGUUGUACCGGGGAAUCUACCGGCUGUUUGACUACGAGGUACCAUGGGGUGACCGUGGAGAUCUCAGCCGAGUGUUGUUCGCCAUUCGUCACAUCGUACUUCUACCGUUCUUAGCCUUCAUUCACAUCCUUCUGCCUCAUAGCCGUCCAUCACGCUUUCUCAGUAACCCGGUUAUUAAGUUCAUGAGCCACACGGCAUCUUUCUAUUUCUUUGUACUGCUGUUGAUAUUCUCAAGUUUUCAGGAUCUGUACGAAGAUAAUGUCACCAGUCCGUCUAAGGUCGAGUGGGCGAUAUUCGCAUGGGUGAUUGGUCUGUUCUGCCAGGAAGUAAGGGAGCUCUAUCUGCAGGGCGUGAGGUGCUUCAUACAGCAGUGGUGGAACGUGACCGGAAUGUUAAUGGUGACGCUAUUCCUGAUGUCAAUUACCUUGAGAGUAAUAGCAUACGGAAUCACGGGCCAUUGGGAAGUGCUGAACGCCAUCGCGAGUACCAGCCCGUCUUCUUGGUACGAGCUCACCUUAUUAUCCAACAGCUUCUUCUCAAUCGCGAUGGUACUCAGCUUUAUACGGCUAUCGGGGGCAUUCCAGGUGAACUCCAUUCUUGGCCCACUCCAGCUAUCGCUGUACCAUCUUCUGGUGGACAUUCUCAAGUUCCUUGUGUUUUUCGUGCUUAUCUUCAUGGCUUUCGGCUUUAGCUUAAGGCGCCUGUAUUCAAACUACAUUAGUACCCAAAAGUACAUCGCUAAGAACAAACCCUCGAGCUCAAACACGACUUUGAAUGGCACUAGAUCUGAUACCGAACACCAGUUUACGGACGUUGGAUCCGGUCUGAACAGUCUAUUCUGGUCGGUCUUUGGUCUAACAGAACUUAACAGCUUUGGAACAAACGACGCCAAAUUCACCAUCACCAAGGAGACAGGGGAAGUGAUGUUUGGGUUUUUUCAGGUCAUCGCUGUUAUUGUGGCAGUCAACAUGCUAAUCGCAAUGAUGACACGAUCAUUUGAAAGCAUUGCGGAGCAAGCUGACGUCAAAUGGAAAGUUUCCAGAACUCGACUUUGGAUGAGUUGGAUCCAGAAGGGCAGCGGAUGCCUUCCUCCGCCUCUCAACCUCAUCCCCAAUCCCCCAUUUAUCCUCCGAGGGGUUAGACAGUUCUCCCGCUGGGUGAUUCGCUGUUGCUGUCGCAAGAAAUCUCGUUCAAGCGCGUACAAAGAUGAAUCAUAUGCCAACGCCAAUAAUGCCAACGUAGAGAAGAUUCCAAUGGAUGAGAUGUGCAAGAGAAAUCUUGGCCUUUCUCAGGUCAUCGAGAGAAGGGAACUAAUCAAGCGAGUGCUUCGCAGAUAUCUGCACAUGCGCAAAUUCGAGGCAGGUCACAGAGAAGAGGGGGAGCUCUUAAGAGAUAUCAGGGGCGCACAAGAUGACAUCCUAAGGGGGGACCAGAAGGAAGACACUAAGAUGUGAUUCCUUUCUUUGCACAUGAAACGACAGUCACACAGAAGAAAACACUAAUGAGUCACACAGACAGUCACACAGAGAAAACACUAAUGAGUCACACAGAGAGGACUAAUAAGUCCCGUGAGCUAUUCUCACGGGACUCAUUAGUGCGAAUUUAAGGCAAAACUGACAAACAUAUCAGUCAUUCGCUCUCUUGUCUUCGUGUGGCGCUCGCGCCGUCCUAGCUCCAAGCAUUCUACCACGCGACACAUAUUGAACUUCAUCGUCUUCGUGUCUCUAUUCACUCCUUACGUCCGCCUGCCUUCAAGGCGCCCUCACAGUACCCUUUUUGGCUGACCAAGAGCAUUUCCUGUCCGUCGGCUUACCUGGUUCUUGUUAGGCUUUAAGUAGUGCCGGAUAUAUACAGAGUUAGAAUCGACUGUUUCGCUAUCUACAUACAUAGGGAACAGGUUUGAGGCCCCUCUUGUGUAGUCUGCUUCUUCUCUUUCUUCUAAAAUUACUUGUAUUCCCCGUAUUCAUUGUUGUUGCCUUACGGUUCAGUCAACUUUCUAGCACGUGUUUUUAUUGCUUGCAUAUUUUCAGCUAACUUGGGCCCUCCGUAGUUUUCUCCUAUUAUUUAUCUUACUGGCUCUGGGCUACCGUGUCCUUCGCCCGGAUUUCUGUUUGUGUAUUUCUAGUUGGUUCGGGUCCCUUUUAUCCCCCGUAAUUUCCUUGUGUUAUUUUCAGCUAGCUCGGGUCAGUAUUACCCGCCGUAAUUUCCUUGUGUUAUUUUCAGCUAGCUCGGGUCAGUAUUACCCGCCGUAAUUUUCACGUGUUAUUUUCAUCUAGCUCGGGUCAGUACUUACCGGCCGUAAUUUUCUCGUGUUAUUUUUAGUUAGCUAUGGUCCGUAUUACCCGCCGUGUUAUUUUCAGCUAGCGCGGGUCCGUAUUACCCCGUCGUAGUUUCCCCUGCUAGCUCGGGUCCGUGUUAUCCCGCUGUGGUUUUCUCGUGUUAUUUUCAACUAGCUCAGGUUGUGUUUAUUACGCCGUAGUUUUCGCCUGCCAUUAUUUCAGUUUCUUACCUCGCCUUUACGCUCCUCUCUCUUUAGCAAGCUCUCUCCAGUUUGGGACCGUCUGAGCCUUACCCUGUCUCUGGACGGGGCACACGCUGGGACCGCUUUGCUAGAGUGUCACCCCUGCUUUUACUAUUCUCACGGGACUCAUAAGUGCGAAUAUAAGGCAAAACUCAUUAACAUAUCGGUCAUUCGCUCUUCUGUCGUAGUAUGUGGCCCCUAUCGUCUGUGGUCCCGGCUUGCUCUUACCUGGCGCAUGCCUGCUAUUUGCUAUUUAUUUAUUUAUUUAUUUAUUUUCCCACCCGCCCGCCACUGGGCUCGCCAGUAUAGCUGCAUCGACAUGACAGGAAAACAUGACGCGAACAAAAUAUCAAGUUUUUUAAUUGAUUCGACUUUUUGUAAAGUGAAAAUGAUGAUCAAGGAAAAAUUAUCUUAAAAAUCCAAAAUCUGGUUAUGUGCACUUCGGCCUCACGUUAUUAUUUGUGUUUUGAAAAUCGGUCCUCAAUACAAGGAACCUAUAGCCAUUGUAAGAAAUUGUGUCUUCUCUCUCUCUCUGGAAUUGCGCGUUUUCCAGGUUUUUCCGUCAUGUCAGUUGCAUGGUUGGCCAGACUAUGACCUGCAGCAAGCUUGAAAUGUUUCUUGUAAUUUUUUGAAGGACUUUAAUAAAUACUUUAAGUCCAUAUGGGCUACUGCAUUAUUUAUUGACACUAUAACAACUAAAUUGUAAGAUACAUACUAUUAAUCCUUUUAAAUGCGAUCGCUACCAUUCUCCCCGAACUAUUUCAGUGCGCGUCACAACCGCCAAAAGCGCGCAAAGCAGAUUUCCUUUUUGCCAUGGUUGCCUUUCAGGCAUUAUAUUUAUUUUUCACAAUAGUAAAUGUUUUUGAGUCGAUAGAUGAGAGUAGUUUCUGUGAGCUUCCCAGCCAGGCAAAAAGGUCUUGGAGAUCUGAAAAAGACGGAAAGACCUAAUGAUUGACAGACAAAUGAUAGACAGACAAACACGUGGAAAAUAGGGGUGAGCAGCGAGAGCAGACAGGCUUGCUAUCAAAUGAAAUAUGCAGACAAAAGAACGAACAAAAUUACGGAUAGACAGAGGGACGGAAAAAAAGAUAGAUGAACGGGCGGACCAA